UGGUCUCCAUGGCGUAUUUAAGUGCGAGCAGCAGGGAUGAGUGAGCUUCCUGUCAAACCCAGACAUGACAGAUCAACUGAAGGGUCUCUGGCGCGUCUUAAAUAUCUAUUCUUUUUUCAUAUGAUGGGAUAUUAGAGUGUUAAAGAUGAUGAGAUGCCGUUUUGAUCGCGUUCUAAACGAGUUGUGAACCGAAGUGGAGUUAAAUUACCGUCUUUGGCUAACUGGCUAAUGCUAGCGAGCUGGCUGAGCCUGAAAAAAAAAAUCGAAAGCGGAAGAGUGACGUGCUGGAUUACGAAAGCGGAAGUGCUAGAGUGCAGCUUUUUUUUGAUCGGAAAGCAGGUUUCUUUGUAGAAACGGAGGGAUGGAUGGAGACAAAAGAGCAACUUCUGAAAGGAUUCUUCUGGAACCAUACAUGUACUUGUUACAGCUGCCAGGAAAACAAGUCAGAACAAAACUGUCUCAAGCGUUCAACCACUGGCUUAAUGUCCCAGAGGAUAAACUUCAGGUCAUUAUUGAGGUGACAGAGAUGCUGCACAAUGCCAGUCUGCUGAUCGACGAUAUUGAAGACAGCUCUAAGCUGCGGCGCGGUUUUCCGGUGGCCCACAGCAUCUACGGCGUGCCGUCGGUCAUCAACUCCGCCAACUACGUCUACUUCCUUGGCCUGGAGAAGGUGUUGAUGUUAGAGCACCCCGAGGCCGUGCGCGUCUUCACCCGCCAGCUGCUGGAGCUGCACCGCGGACAGGGCCUGGACAUCCACUGGCGGGACACGUACACCUGCCCGACCGAGGCAGAGUACCGGGCCAUGGUGCUUCAGAAAACCGGCGGGCUUUUCGGCCUCGCUGUGGGACUCAUGCAGCUCUUCUCUGACUGGAAACGAGAUCUCAAGCCGCUUUUGGACACUUUGGGCCUUUUCUUCCAGAUACGUGAUGACUACGCCAACCUGAAUUCGAAAGAGUACAGCGCCAACAAGAGCUUCUGCGAAGACCUGACGGAAGGGAAGUUCUCUUUCCCCACCAUUCACGCCAUCUGGUCCCGUCCCGAGAGCACGCAAGUGCAGAAUAUCCUGCGCCAGCGCACAGAGAACGUGGAUAUUAAACGCUACUGCGUCGACUACCUGGAGAAGGUGGGCUCCUUCGCUUACACCCGUCAGACGCUGAUGGAUCUGGAAGUGGAGGCCUACCGGCUCAUCGCAGAUCUCGGAGGGAAUCCGGAACUGGAGGCUUUAAUGGAGCAUCUGAGUCGCAUGUAUAAAGAGCCCGAGGGCGGAGCUUCUGCUGGCCAAUCAAAAGAGCUUGGGGGCGGAGCUGCAGCCAGCCAAACAAAACAAUGAUCCGCGUUAAUCUCGUCUGCACACUGUGAACAGACUUCUCAAACUUUUGUCUUUCAACUGUUAUUUUGUCUGCACAGCAAAUUGCCUUCGGUCCAAAUUCUCGUUUUGUCUCAUAUUUCAAGGAGCUGUAACUGGCGUAUGAAGUGUGAAAGAAAAAGUUUACUGGCCUCUUAUCAGAAUUGCUGCUCGUUUCAGUAUGAAUGACAACCGCAAACAAACAUUUAACGUUUAAAUGCUGUCAUUUCACCUCAAACACAAAACAAAUACAUUGUUUUGCUUUAAGAAAAUGAAGCCAAUUUAAAUGGACCUCUACCAUUUGUUCAUUUUUUUUUUUUUUUGGCAUCAUCACAAUUAUUUUCAAUAAUAUAAUUUUAAUAAUAAUAAUUUUAACUUUAUUAUUAUUGCUACAUUUAAACAUUUGUUGUACUGCCUCUAAUAGAAUAUCAAAAUCAGUAAAUAGUAUAUUUUACUGUAAUAAAGUAAAAAUUAAGUGAAAACAAAUAAGAGCUGACCGCCUUUCCCGAGUGAAUAGCGUUAAAAAAACUUGUGCCCUGUAGUUUUGCUGAUGUUGUUGUCAUGACGAUAUGCGUGUCAUCAGGUUUGUUGUAUUCGGUGCUGUGGACCGUAACGAGGCCUUACGUUCACGUGUGAAAGCUUUAACACUCCUUGAUAAAGUUUUUGUCUUUUUUUACAUUUGAGCAGCUUUUGGUUUUUGUGACUGAUGUUGAUGACAGUCAGAAUUAAAGAUGGACCUGUCACUUUCGAUGCUCGAGUACCUCUGAAAUAGUGUUUUGGGAUGAUAUCUCACAGUGUUUGAUGUAUGAAAGGUCACUGGUUUUUACAUUUAAACAUAUGUGUGCAUUUUAUCAGACUCGUAUAGCUGAGGUCAAUCCUUUUAGGGAACACUCCUUUGAAUAAACACUUUGAUACACUACA